AUGCUGAGGCUGUGCUGCAGGCCGCUGGAGCGCUGCUUUGCGAGGAGGACGAGGGACGGUCUUCUGUGGCACGUAGACCUGAAGCCUCACGCCACUGGAGACUUCUCCGUCGCAGUAGUUCAGGCCAAUAAAUCGCUCGAGGACCAGGCGCAGGUCUGCACAACUCCGUUCGCCACCUACAUCGGAGUAUACGACGGCCAUGGCGGCCCAGAGGCUUCCCGAUUCAUUAACAGCCACCUCUUCCCUUACCUCAACAGUAAUCUCCUCCCCCUUGCUCUGUGAUUUCUUCUCCAUCAAUGGGCCCGGAGACCUCAAUUUAUUCGGACUCUCUCUCCGAUUUGAUCUUCGCUAGGGUUUGCGCUGGAGCAGGGGGGAUUGUCGGAGGAGGUGAUAAGGAAGGCGUUCAACGCCACGGAGGAGGAUUUCGUGCAGCUUGUGAUGAAGGCGUGGUUAUCUCAGCCACAGAUCGCCGCCGUGGGAUCCUGCUGCCUCGUCGGAGCGAUCACCGACGAGAUCCUGUAUGUUGCCAAUUUGGGGGAUUCGAGGGCGGUGCUCGGCCGGCGAGUCGCCGACGGGAGAGCCGUCGUCGCCGAGCGGCUGUCGAACGACCACAACGUUGCCGAGGAGGAAGUGAGGAAGGAACUCCUUCAACAGCACCCUGAUGAUUCCCACAUCGUCGUUCACACUCAAGGCGUUUGGCGGAUCAAAGGCAUCAUCCAGGUGCACGCCCAACUCUCUCUCUCUCUCUCUCUCUCUCUCUCUCUCUCUCUCUCUCUCUCUGUAUGUUGCAAUCUCUGGGGAACAAUCUGCGGAGGAAUUUCGCUGAAUUCUUCAUUUUCUGUGAAUACUGAAAAGUGUUCUUCCGGGUGGGUUUCACCUCACUGGUUAUACUGAUUUUUCUCCUCCACGGAUGAUCGUGAUGUUCAACUGGUUUACCGAAUCAGGGCAUCUUAUUCCUGAUCGAUCGAUGGUGUUCCUGUUCUUCUGAACACUUGGAUGAACAGCCAAGAGUUCCUGAUUUUGAGUGGAGAACAUUCAUAUAAUCGAAUCAUCUACUGUGCGGAGACUCGGGGUUCUGAGUAUCGUAUUAGUUUAGUAAUCGGCGGCCAUGAGAUCUUCAAAUAAUUUAACUGGUUCUAUCUUUGCACCGAAUAAUCUGUUCAUCUUCUGAAAGACCGAUGAUCGACUAUGAAUGUUAUUAUUGGAAUUACUUCCUGAGAAGAUCAGAAACCGUCUCAAACAAGAACGCUCCGCCGGCCGUUUGCUUUCAGGUGUCGAGAUCGAUCGGAGACGUGUACCUGAAGAAACCGGAGUUCUGCAGGGAUCCGGUGUUCCGGCAGUUCGUCAGCCCAGUUCCUCUGAAGAGACCGGUGAUGAGCGCCGAGCCCUCGAUCCGGGUGAAGAAGCUCGGCCUCCACGAUUCCUUCCUCAUCUUCGCCUCCGACGGCCUCUGGGAGCAGCUGAGCGAUCAGGACGCCGUGGAGAUCGUCUUCAAGAACCCUAGACCCGUGAGUAUUAAUCUCUCUCUCUCUCUCUCUCUCUCUCUCUCUCUCUCUCUCUCUCUCUCUCUCUCGCUAAAACUGGUUCGCUGUCGCCCCUUCUCUCUCUUUCUCUCUCUAAAAGGGUUUUUACUGGGGGAGGUGAUGCAGGGAAUAGCGAAGAGGCUGGUGAGAGCUGCGCUCAGCGAAGCGGCGAGGAAGAGGGAGAUGAGAUACGAGGACCUGAGAAGGAUAGAGAAGGGCGUGCGGCGGCAUUUCCACGACGACAUCACCGUCGUUGUCGUCUUCCUCGACCGGCAUCGCGGAGGAGAUUCUCCGCUCUCCGGCGGCGCCUCCGCCGUCGUCUGCAACACGCCGGCGGACAUCUUCUCCCUCACUUCCGGCAAGCCGAUGUUCCCCUCGAUGGUCUGA